AUGUCCUCUACUUUGAUCGAUGAGGCUACGCGCAUUGCGCGCGACUUCGACUUCUCCGCCGAGCAAGUGCAGCGCGGGGUCGCGGAGUACAUCAAGCAGUCCGACGAAGGUCUCCAGAAGGAGAACUGCACUCUCAGCCAGAUUCCUACCUUCGUCACCGCUGUACCCAAUGGAACCGAAAAGGGUCUGUAUUUGGCCGUUGACCUCGGUGGCACCAACUUCCGUGUCUGCUCUGUUCAACUGCACGGCGACACUACCUUCGACCUCACUCAGUCCAAGAUCAUGAUCCCCCGGGAACUCAUGGCCUCCGGGACCUCCAAGGACCUCUUCCUCUUCUUGGCCCGCCAAAUUGAGGCCUUCCUCCGCAUCCACCACAACGAGCACUUCGAGGCGCACCAGCUCCGCCGGCGUGAGGGUCGCGGCAAAGAAUACAUGUUCGACUUGGGUUUCACAUUCAGCUUCCCCGUCCGUCAGGUCGGUAUCAACUCCGGGACCCUGAUUCGGUGGACCAAGGGUUUCAAUAUCCCCGAUGCCGUCGGCCACGAUGUAUGCGCCCUGCUCCAGUCUGCCAUUGAUGACCUGAGCCUCCCCGUCCGCGUGGCCGCUCUAGUCAACGACACCGUUGGAACUUUGAUGGCCCGUUCCUAUACCUCCCCUGGCGAGACCGGUACCUUCCUUGGAGCCAUCUUUGGAACCGGUACUAAUGGCGCCUACGUUGAGAAGAUCGAGAACAUCACAAAAUUGACCCACCUGGAGGGCGCCCACUACGACAAGUCCACUGGCGAGAUGAUCAUCAAUGCCGAGUGGGGUAGCUUCGACAACCACCUCAGUGUCCUGCCCAACACCGUCUUCGACCGCGACUUGGAUGCCGACAGCAACAACCCGGGUGUGCAGAUGUUUGAGAAGCGCGUCUCGGGCAUGUUCCUUGGCGAGAUUCUGCGCCGCGCUCUGCUGGCCAUGCACAACGAUCCCAAGCUUGGUCUUUUCAAGUCCAGCCAGACCUCCAAAGUCUCCAUUCCCUCCGACUCUCUCUUCUACCGCCAGUGGGGCCUGGACACCAGCUUGCUGAGUCAGGUCGAGGCCGACUCCACGAAGCAAAUGACCGACGUCAAGGCCGCACUGAAGGACCACCUGAAGAUUGAGAAUCCCAGCGAGGAGGAGUGCAAGGCUGUCAAGAUUCUUGUUCAUGCCAUUGGCAAGCGUGCCGCUCGUUUGAGCGCCGUCCCGAUCGCUGCCAUCCUCAUUCACUCCAAGAAGAUCGAGACCAGCGAUAUGGUCGACGUUGGAGUGGACGGUAGUCUGGUCGAGUUCUACCCCAACUUCGAGCAAUACCUGCGCGACGCUCUGCGCGAGGUGCCCCAGGUCGGCCCGGCAGGUGAGAAGAAGAUUCGCAUUGGUAUCUCCAAGGACGGCAGCGGUGUGGGUGCCGCUUUGAUCGCUUUGGUCGCCAGCAAGGACGAGACUCUGCAGAAAUCCACCGAGAAAUGA